GUCAUGGCGGCUUGCAGGCCUUGCUGCUCGUGCGUCUGGCUCCGGCCACUGGGCCAUGGUCCCCUCCGUCUGCCAGGGCGGGGUCGGACACUCACCCAGUUGCAGGUGCGAGCACUAUGGGGUGGCGCGGGGUCGCGAACCGUGGCCGUGGACUUAGGCAGCAGAAAAUUAGAAAUAUCCUCUGGAAAACUGGCCAGAUUUGCAGAUGGCUCUGCUAUAGUACAGUCAGGUGACACUGCAGUGAUGGUCACAGCGGUCAGUAAAACAAAACCUUCACCUUCCCAGUUCAUGCCUUUGGUGGUUGACUAUAGACAGAAGGCUGCUGCAGCAGGUAGAAUUCCCACAAACUAUCUUAGAAGAGAGAUUGGAUCUUCUGAUAAAGAAAUUCUUACAAGUCGAGUAAUAGAUCGUUCAAUUAGACCUCUCUUUCCAGCAGGCUACUUUUAUGAUACACAGAUCCUUUGUAAUCUGUUAGCAGUAGAUGGUGUUAAUGAACCUGAUGUCCUAGCAAUUAAUGGUGCUUCUGUAGCCCUCUCAUUAUCAGAUAUUCCUUGGAAUGGACCUAUUGGGGCAGUACGAAUAGGAAUGAUUGAUGGAGAAUGUGUUGUUAACCCAACACGAAAAGAAAUGUCUUCCAGUACUUUAAAUUUAGUGGUUACUGGAGCACCUAAAAGUCAGAUUGUCAUGUUGGAAGCCUCUGCAGAGAAUAUUUUACAGCAGGACUUUUGCCAUGCUAUCAAAGUGGGAGUAAAAUAUACACAACAAAUAAUUCAGGGCAUCCAGCAGUUGGUAAAAGAAAUUGGUGUUACCAAGAGGACACCUCAGAAGUUAUUUGUUCCUUUGCCAGAGAUUGUGAAACACGCUCAUAAACUCGCCAUGGAAAAACUCUACGCAGUUUUUACAGAUCAUGAACAUGAUAAAAUUUCCAGAGAUGAAGCCGUUAACAAGAUUAGAUUAGAUACAGAGGAACAACUAAAAGAAAAAUUUCCAGAAGUUGAUUCCUAUGAAAUAAUAGAAUCCUUCAAUGUUGCUGCAAAGGAUGUUUUUAGAAGUAUUAUUUUGAAUGAAUACAAAAGGUGUGAUGGUCGAGAUUUGACUUCACUUAGGAAUAUAAAUUGUGAGGUAGAUAUGUUUAAAAUUCUUCAUGGAUCAUCAUUAUUUCAAAGGGGACAAACACAGGUGCUAUGUACUGUUACAUUUGAUUCAUUAGAAUCCAGCAUUAAAUCAGACCGAAUUAUAACAGCUAUAAAUGGGAUAAAAGAUAAAAAUUUCAUGCUUCACUAUGAGUUUCCUCCCUACGCAACUAAUGAAAUUGGCAAAGUCACUGGUGUAAAUAGAAGAGAACUUGGGCACGGUGCGCUUGCUGAGAGAGCUUUGUAUCCUGUUAUUCCUAAAGAUUUUCCUUUCACCAUAAGAGUCACAUCUGAAGUACUAGAGUCAAAUGGAUCAUCUUCUAUGGCAUCUGCAUGUGGUGGAAGUUUAGCUUUAAUGGAUGCAGGAGUUCCAAUUUCAUCUGCUGUCGCAGGUGUGGCAAUAGGAUUGGUCACCAAAAACAAUCCUGACAAGGGUGAAAUAGAAGAUUAUCGUUUGCUGACAGAUAUUCUGGGGAUUGAAGAUUACCAUGGUGACAUGGAUUUCAAGAUAGCCGGCACUACUAAGGGAAUAACUGCAUUACAGGCUGACAUUAAAUUACCUGGAAUACCAAUAAAAAUUGUAAUGGAGGCCAUUCAGCAAGCCUCAGUGGCAAAGAAGGAGAUAUUACAGAUUAUGAACAAAACUAUUUCAAAACCUCGAGCAUCUAGAAAAGAAAAUGGACCUGUUGUAGAAACUGUUCAGGUUCCAUUAUCAAAACGAGCAAAAUUUAUUGGACCAGGUGGAUAUCAUUUAAAAAAACUUCAAGCUGAAACAGGAGUAACUAUUAGUCAGGUGGACGAAGAAACAUUUUCUAUAUUUGCACCAACACCCAGUGCCAUGCAUGAAGCAAGAGACUUCAUUACCGAAAUCUGCAAAGAUGAUCAAGAGCAGCAAUUAGAAUUUGGAGCAGUAUAUACCGCCACAAUAACUGAAAUCAGAGACACUGGAGUAAUGGUUAAACUAUAUCCAAAUAUGACUGCAGUACUACUUCAUAACACACAACUUGAUCAACGAAAGAUUAAACAUCCCACUGCUUUAGGUUUAGAAGUUGGCCAAGAAAUUCAGGUGAAAUACUUUGGACGUGAUCCAGCUGAUGGAAGGAUGAGGCUUUCUCGGAAAGUGCUCCAGUCUCCAGCUACAACUGUUGUCAAAACUUUAAGUGACAGAAGCAGUAUUGUAAUGGGAGAAUCUAUUCCACAGUCAUCAUUUAAUUCUUCCCAGUGACUUUUUUUUUUUUAAGAAUUCUAGAGUGAUACUCUGUAUAGCAAAAUUUCAGUAGUAUCUUCUAAUGUGUAGAUUUAUAUAUAAUAUAAAUGUAUUCUAAUGAUUUAUAUUAAAAUGCUCACUUUACGUGUUCCAUUUUUUAAUUCCGAAUUACCUAUAUUACUCUUACUUACAUUAUAAAUCAAUACAUAUUUAUUACUAAAAGUAAGUCAUUUAUACGUCUUAGAAAAGACUACCCUUUAAAUCUUGUACUUUUGAAAUAUCUGAAAAAUUUAGAAAUAAUGGGUCACAUUUGCUGCAUGAUGGAUUUCUUCCUACAUAUUUUUCUUCUUCCUAUACAGUAGUGACAGUUUACUCUUAGCCAUCUUAUGGUUUACCUCUGCAUAAUAGCUUUACUUACCCACAGCUGUUUCACAAACUGAAACUUACCAUAUUCAAAACCAGUGCCUAUUUCUUUAGUACAGUUACCAGAUAUAGUAAGGAGCUGAGGGAGCUAAUUUGAUCUAAUUUUAAUGAUAUACCACCUUUCAAAUUGGUCACAAAACCAUAAACAUAGUGGAGUAAAUAUUAUAAAUGGGAUCCUGUUGAGAAUGAGGUAAUACAUUUUUCAAAUUCAGAAAAUACAGAAAAAUAAUUUACUCAUCAUAUAGAACUAGGUCAUUUUGUGUGUGUAUGUUGCUAAUGUAUGGAUGUUCUUGGUGGAAGGGAUGGAGGAAUCAUGAUUUUCAGUUAAUAAGUAAAUGUUUGAAACAGCCGUGUUUAGAGGCUAUUGAUAUAAUUAUUAGUAAUAGCUGUAAGAUGAUAUUCAUUCCCAUUUUUUAAUAUAUCACAUUAUAAUUCCACAAAAAAAGUAAAUGGUUCGUGGAAGUCAUAAUUUAGAAUCUUCCUCCUUUUAUAAAUCUGAUAAAAUAUUUGUAAAUUCUUGACUCAGGGCUAACUAGUUCAGAAAAUACUAAAAAUGUAGCUGACCAAAGAUUUUUUAAAUGUGGGUAUUUAAGUCAGUAAACAUUGAUUAUGUAUAUGUAUAGUAUGUAAAAUAGCAUGACAGGCAAUGUUGAUAUACUUUCUGAACUAUUGAAGAUCAACUGAAAAUGAAAGAUUAAAUUUAAAUUAUAUGCUU